AUGAGAUGCUGGAGUCCUUCGACAACCACCCGCCCAUCAUCCUGCCCAGCGGGGGCUUCAAAGUGGACCUGGAGGUGGAGACGUUGGACGACAACAUCUACCGGCACCUCCUUUACAUCCGCCACUUCCUCUGGAGCCUGCAGAGCAAGAGCCCCCACACCAGCGAGGGGCCAGGCUCAGCACCCCCAAAGAAAGAGGCAUGCACGACGCCAGAUUUCCUGGAGGUGAGCAAGAGCCCGGCUGCUGCCCUGCGGAGCACCGUCACCCAGGAGGACUACUGCUCCACAGGGGGCUGCGCCGAGGUCCCCUCCCCCACGGCGCGCACGGCCCCCACGGACCCCUCCUGCCUGCUGACACCCCCCACCACCCCCCUGAACUUCGACUCCGGGAGCCCGGAGUCCCCGCAGGACACCGGCAAGGGGCUGCAGGACCCCCGGAGGAACGGGAUGAAUGGCACCAAAGGCAGCACCCCUGAAGGAUGCUCGCCGACCCCCUAUGACUACCCCACGCCAGAGUCUUCCAGCCGCAGCUCUGCCACCGAUGACUUCUGCUACGUCUUUGUGGUGGAGCUGGAGAGAGGACCCAUCGGGCUGGGGAUGGGGCUGAUCGACGGCUUGCACACUCCUCUCUGCUCCCCGGGGAUCUACAUCCGCACCCUGAUCGAGGACAGCCCCGCGGCCACCGACGGCAGGCUCUCCAUUGGGGACCGCAUCCUGGCUGUCAAUGGCACCAGUCUCAUCGGGGCAGACUACCAAAGUGCGGUGGACCUCAUCCGCUCUGGAGGGAAGAAGCUGCGGUUUCUGGUUGCCAAGUCGGACAUGGAAAUAGCCAAAAAAAUUGGUUCCAGCUCCUCUUCUUCCUAG